AUGGCUGAUGAGAUAUUAGUCCUAUCUUUUUUCACCUCGAUUGUUUUCUUUAGAUGCCACUUAAAAGGGAUCAACCGCUUCAAAAAAGCUAUUGAAAGGUUCCCAGUACACUGUCUCUUGUUGACAGGCUAUGAUGUGAUUGAUGGUAUCGAAUGUUGGGAGCUCCAAGACUCCCAAGGUGUAGAAUGGGGAACUAAUGGGUUUAUCAUGAUGGAGCAACAUAGGUGUCUUAUCAAAUCCGUAGUUGAGCUAAAGGUAAUCUUUGAUGGUGGAGUAGAUCUGUGGUUUCAGCUUUUGAUGGUGGAGUAG